AAACUAAAUAAAGUUAUAACUGUUUCUGGCGGUCGCUGGCACGAACUGCUCGGCCAGAACUGGAGCCAUAAAGAACACAAAUCUAAUAAAAUAUAAUGCAGCUAUUCAUAAUUUUGUUAAACAGUUUAGACCCCCUUUUCCCUUUACCCAACUCCUUGUACUCCUUUUUCGAUAUGUCUGCGCCGGUUGGGGCAAGCAACUACUUUACGGUCAUUAUGCAUUUAAAACACGCGGUCACGAUCUCUCUCCCUCGCUGAGUUAGUAACUGCGACGACCCAAAACCGAAAACUGAAAACUGAAAACCCAAAACCGAAAACCAAAUACGAAUCGAAGCCAAGCCAAGCUCGUCGUAGCGUACUGCAUAACUACAAGCCGAAAACAGUUAGCAAAGAGCCAAAAAAUCAAAGCCCAGUGACGACGAGAAAGCUCCAAACUCUGGGUAGUGCAUUUCUCCAGUGCUUCUCCAAACGACCUGGAAGUGGAAUGUCUUUCACUUUGAGCAUGCAACUCCUCCGCCGGCCAAGAGAUCUCAGUAUCCCACAUUUCAAUGAAACCAAAAUGCUUCGCCUGGCCUGGCACAAUUUCCAACUCCUCCUCCGUCUGCGCUUAUGAUUUCCCAUUCGAGUGCCCGGGAUCGGGAUCCUCUGAGCUAAUGGAAAGUCAAUUGACAAUUAUGGCCAUGGCCAAUGAAGUGAUUCGUCGAGCCUGCCGGACUGACCAUGUCUAAUUUGUAUCGGCGGAGCUUCACGAUUAUUACCAUUACCUCUUGUCUUCGUCGUUCAUGGCUCGUUGUUUGGCUGUUGUUUAUGAAACCGAAUGGUUAAUAAUGGCUAAUUGAAUUUCUGUUGCCGCUGGCGACAAAUCAUUUAGCCUGAUUUACGCGCUUUGUGGGGGGCAAGGCCCAGGAAAUUUAUAUGAUAACCGAACGGCCCAACGUUUUUCCACUUCAACAGUUUAUCUGUUAGCCUCAAAAGCCAAUCAUCAAACAGAUCUUGGCUGAGAGCAACAAGCCAUGGUUUUGGCUUUCAACUGACACUCGUCUUUUAUGGCCAGCUCAGAUUCGAAGUUGCGUGCCGGGAGAUUUGAGAGAUUCAGAGAGCCAUUAACGACAUGCAGUUGGGAACUGCUGGCCAGGCAAUCCGUUAUAUGAGCCCAAAAUCAUGAUGAUAUCGGUGGCCAAAUGGCAAAUGGCCCAAUCAUUAGCUGCAAAAUGAUAUAUCAGCCGCAGUUCGCAGCUAUUUUUUCUGCUCUUUAGCUUCGCCUUGCGUAAUAGAGUCCUCGUGUGUGCAGUGACUAAUUAAGCAAACAAAAUUUCAUAUGCAAUUUCGAAACGCCAUUCUUAACAGCAACAACCAUUUAAAAUGCUUUAAAGCUAUGCAAAUUUACAAGUGCUGAUGUCUAAUUUGAAUUUCAAACAGUCAGACACACAAAAACUAAAUAUAUAUAUGAGUAUUAAAAAAAAAGAAGAGCCGCUCGCUGCCUCACAGUUGUGUUUUGUUGAUGUUUUAACAGCGGCAAUUGAUAAGCAAACUUUUGGUGCCUGGCAAUUAACACUCGACGGCACACGCUGCGUAUGCGCAAUCCGGCAUCGCUGUAAUUGUAAUUAAAUGCCAUGGCUAGCUGGCGGUUUUGGUGGAAAACUCAUUGGCUUCGGAUCGUAUGGUUUUCGCGGGGACAGGGCGUUGUCUCUCCGCCGCGGCUUAAUUUUCCCCAAUUUAAUUAACCCAAGUGUUGUACUCGCUGUCGUUCGCUUGUUCGGUUCUCAGUAGAGCGACUUCAAUUGAACAUAAAUCAAAUAGACAUGACGUAAUCUUGCAGUUUCGUCAUCGAUCCGCUGUGUCGUCUUUGCUGUUGUUGUUGUCUUGUGUUCAGUGUGCUUUAAACUCAACACAAAACCCAAUUGAACUGAGCCGUUGUGGGCGUGGCAGCGGCUCAUGUUCGGUUAUUGGUUUGACGUGACAGGCACUCGAGAGUUGGAAAUUUUCUGCCGGCGCCAGGAGAACUGCCCCCAAGAGUAUCGACCAUAUGCCUGCGGCCUGUCCGAUGUGACGCACAUUGAAUCCCUGCAAGAAAAGUCGCAGUGCGCUUUAGAGGAAUACUGCCGGACCCAGUAUCCCAACCAGCCCACGAGAUUCGGCAAGCUGCUGCUCAGACUACCAUCGCUGCGAACUGUCUCCUCACAAGUCAUUGAGCAAUUGUUUUUUGUGCGUCUAGUCGGAAAAACGCCAAUUGAAACGCUGAUACGCGACAUGCUGCUGAGCGGCAACAGUUUCUCCUGGCCCUAUCUGCCUUCGAUGUGACACACGAUGUGGCGCCAAUUGACAACAACUUGAUCAUCGGCCGCAGCUGUGGCGGCUGCAACGCUCAACAUCAAUCCCGGCGGAGGAGGCGGUGGUGUCGGUGGCAGUGGCGGUGGCGUCG